ACGUAUGAUGCUUGUCCUAACUUUCUUAUUGCUUUUGAUCGUACGCGUAGAAUGUCACAGCUCACAGCAAAGGCUGAUCAAUGGAAAAGGUGGCAGCAGUUCUGCUAAACGUGUCAAUGAAGCAACACUCUCAGAGUUGAAACAUUUCUUUCCCGGUGCCGAUGGACGGAUGCAUCAAAUCAAUGGCUACAACAAGGAAUCGGAGCAUUUUUCGUUUGUUGCCGAAAGAGACACCGUUUUCCGACUUUACACCCAGGGUAAUCCUUCGUUUGAAGUUCUUGCAGUAAACGACACCAGUUCGGUUUUGCGGUCGAAGUUCAACGCUUCCCAUCCGACCCGUUUCACCAUCCAUGGAUUCACGAGUAGCGGAGAUGAUAAUUUCAAUUCGAUGGUGCGGGAUCAGUAUUUCAAGCUCGGGGAGUACAACAUGAUAGUCGUCGAUUGGCGCGCCGGAUCUGGCUUCAAUAUGAGCUUUCCUUCCUAUCUACAAAGCCGGAAAAGGGUUGGAUCUGUUGGACGAGCCACUUCGCGACUUAUCGAUACAUUGGUUCAGGCUAGUAAUGUAUCGCUCAGCUCGAUAUCGCUCAUAGGCUACAGUUUGGGGGCCCACGUGGCUGGAAAUGUGGGUAAAGCUCAGCAGGGUCGAAUUUCCACGAUCAUCGGCUUGGAUCCGGCAGGACCACUGUUCUUCGAUUGGGACAGUGAUAGACUUUCCAGCCGAGAUGCCCAAUACGUUGAAGUGCUUCACACCAGUCUAGCCGGAUACAGUCAUCCGAUAGGGACGGCAGAUUUCUACGCCAAUGGCGGAAUAUUUAUCCAACCGGGAUGUUCGGACAUUUGGUGCGCUCAUGAUCGAGCUCCUGAAUACUUUGCCGAAUCACUCACUAGCCAGGUGGGAUUUAUGGCGAGGAAAUGCCGUCGGUUAACCAUAAAUAUUUUUGAUGUGACUUGUACUCCGGAUGGACAGCUGAGAGCAAAGAUGGGCGGCGAGCCUGCCAAUACCGGAAGUGAUGUGAUGGGCUCUUAUCGAUUCGAAACUAAUUCGGUGGCCCCGUUCGCUCAGGGGGAUCAGCAAUCGAAACGGAAAAGUUUGAAAAACAAAAAGAAAUUCAACAAGAUGUCAGCCAAGCCUUGAUGGCUGUUUUGAUAACCCUGUAUUGAUCUCUAAGAGCAAGUACUGACCACUAAUUUAAAAUAUGAACAAAUUUUAUGUGCCACUUUAUAUGGACCUUUUCAACAGUGCUUACGUAAAUAAAACUUUUAAACAUCAA